GAUCUGUCCAAGAAGCUGAUGAACGUGGGCAGCGGCUACCCGAGCCCCGGCGGCUCUGCGCUCCCGCUGCAGGACCUCCCUUAUAUAGCGUCUGCUGCCAGGGACGACCUGGAGACGAGCUCACCUCUGAAAAAAAACUCUAGGGAGAUGACGAAUCAGUCGGAGGCAGACAGUUUCCCCGACUCCAAGGACGCAGCGGCGGACGUCCAGAGGGGCAAACUCUCCCCCGGUCUUCGCGGAGUGUCUGACACUCGUCAUAAUGUAGACGGGUGCGCGGGGGAGAGGUAUAUCUUCUCUCAAGCCAGCCAGUCGCAGCCAGUCUCAGCAGCUCCGAGUGCCAUGUUCCCAUACCCGAGCCAGCAUGGACCGGCGCACCCGGCGUUUUCUAUCGGCAGCCCCGGCCGGUACAUGGCCCACCACCCCGUCAUAGCCAACGGAGCGUACAACAGCAUCCUGAGCAACGGCUCUGCGCAGGGCUACCCGGCGGCCGGCUACCCUUACGCGCAGCAGUAUGGCCACACGUACCAAGGACCCGCCUUUUACCAGCUCUCCUCGGCGCAAGCCGGGCUGGUCCCCGGGAAAGCCCAGGUGUACCUGUGCAACAGGGCCCUGUGGCUCAAAUUCCACAGACACCAAACGGAGAUGAUCAUCACAAAGCAAGGGCGGCGGAUGUUUCCUUUUCUGAGCUUCAACAUUUCCGGCCUCGACCCCACCGCUCACUACAACAUCUUCGUGGAUGUAAUUCUCGCCGAUCCGAACCACUGGCGCUUCCAGGGAGGCAAGUGGGUGCCGUGCGGGAAAGCGGACACCAACGUGACAGGAAACAGGGUUUACAUGCAUCCGGAUUCACCGAACACCGGCGCGCACUGGAUGCGCCAGGAAAUAUCGUUUGGCAAACUGAAGCUAACGAACAACAAGGGCGCAUCCAACAACACGGGGCAGAUGGUGGUUCUGCAGUCCCUCCACAAGUACCAGCCCCGGCUCCACGUGGCGGAAGUGAACGAGGACGGGAGCGAGGACGCCAGCCAACCAGGGAGGGUCCAGACCUUCACCUUCUCCGAGACGCAGUUCAUCGCCGUCACGGCCUACCAGAACACCGACAUCACACAACUGAAAAUAGACCACAACCCCUUCGCGAAAGGAUUUCGGGACAACUAUGACACUGUCUACACAGGCUGCGACAUCGACCGCCUAACUCCAUCGCCGGGUGACUCUCCGCGUUCACAGAUCGUGCCUGGUGCCAGAUAUGCCAUGACAAGUUCUUUCCUGCAGGACCAAUUUGUCAGCACUUAUGCCAAGUCUCGCUUCCACCCUGGCGUGGGGAGCGGUCCUGGCACCGACCGCAGCGUCCCACUCAGCAACAGCUUGCUCUCCCCGCAACAAACCGAGGAGCCCACUGUCGCCUCCCCGCAGCGAUGGUUUGUCGCCCCUGCCAACAACCGACUGGACUUCUCCGCCUCGGCGUACGACGCCGCCGACUUCGCUGGCAACGCGGCCACCCUGCUGUCCUACGCAGCGGCUGGAGUGAAGGCGCUACCGCUGCCGGCCGCCGGCUGCUCCAACAGGCCGCUCGGCUAUUACGCGGACCCGUCCGGGUGGGGGGCGCGCACGCCGCCGCAGUACUGCAGCAGCAAGUCCAGCUCGGUUCUGUCCUGCUGGCCCGCCAACUCGGUCGGUGGCAGGACGGGCCCCAACUACCUGGCCGAGGACGGAGACGCCGUCCCUUCGGAGAGGUCCCCGAUUGGCGCGUCCGAGGAGGCGAAACCCAAAGACUUGUCCGAAUCCAGCUGGAUAGAGACCCCGUCCUCCAUCAAGUCCAUUGAUUCGAGCGAUUCUGGAAUAUUCGAACAAGCCAAACGGAGAAGAAUCUCACCGUCUGCCACGCCGGUUUCGGAAACUGUGUCCCCGCUGAAAUCCGAGAUGUUGGCGCCAAGAGAGGAAAAAAACUGCACCAAGGACAUGGGCUACUAUAGUUUUUACCAGCACAGUAUCUACAAGCCACACACUGAAGGUGUCCGGGAAGUAGGUAUCUACAAGCGACAUAUUGAAGGUGUCCGGAAAAUAGGCAUCUACAAGCCACAUAUUGAAGGUGUCCGGGAAGUAGGAAUCUACAAGCCACAUACUGAAGGUGUCCGGGAAGUAGAUAUCUACAAGCCACAUACUGAAGGUGUCCGGGAAGCUUGGCGCACGGCUCUCCUGCUCCUCCUCUUCCUCCUCCUCUUCCUCCUCCUUGCGGCUGCGAUGGACACGAAGGACGAGGGCGCACAGAUGGACCCGCUGCUGCCAACGGUCAACGCUCCUUUCUCGUCUGUAAGGGGUAGAAGUUUGAGGAACGAUGACGAGGCCGUGGUGGACAGAGGAGGUACCAGUUCCCAGCAGCAAACCAACUUUGAGCAGGAUGAUCUGGAAGGCCACCGGACCCUCUACAUUGGAGUCCACGUCCCUUUGGGCAGCUCCAGGCGCCAUACCCACCGCAGGCAUCGACCUCGUGGUCACAAAUACAGGAAGAGAAUCAGGGAGCGAGAACAUACGCUGGUGGAGGGCCGAGAGUCUCCUAUCUAUGACACGCCAUCCCAGAGAGUGCAGUUCCUGCUGGGGGCGGAGGAUGACAAUGAGCAGCACAUUCCCCAUGAGCUCUUCACAGAGCUGGAUGAGAUCUGCCUGAAGGAUGGGGAUAAUUCUGAAUGGAAAGAAAGUGCCAGGUGGCUGAAGUUUGAGGAAGACGUGGAGGAUGGAGGGGAGCGGUGGAGUAAGCCUUAUGUAGCCACCCUGUCCCUUCACAGCCUGUUUGAGUUGCGUAGCUGCAUUAUCAAUGGUACCGUGCUGCUGGACAUGAGGGCAAAUGCACUGGAGGAGAUUGCAGACAUGAUCUUAGACCACCAGGAGCUGUACUCUCCACUCGGGGAUGAACUGAGGAGCAAAGUGCGUGAGACAUUGCUAAAACACCACCAUCACCAGAACCAGAAGAAACUGGCCAACCGGCUGCCCAUCAUGCGCUCCAUCACUGACAUGGGCCGACGGAGCUCCGACAGCCACCUGGACAAGAAUGGUCAGCUCUUGUCUUCCCAGUCUCAGCUAGCAGGACCAGAUGGGAAAGGGGACAUCAGUAGAGAGAACAGUGUUGUGGACUUCAGCAAGAUAGAUCUUCAUUUCAUGAAGAAGAUCCCAGCAGGGGCAGAGACGUGCAACGUGUUGGUGGGAGAGCUGGAGUUUCUCAACAAGCCGGUGGUGGCAUUUGUUCGCGUCUCCCCAGCGAUCCUGCUCAGCGGGCUGGCUGAAGUCCCCAUCGCCACGAGGUUUCUGUUCAUCCUCUUGGGGCCUCUGGGAAAAGGGCCUCAGUAUCACGAGAUUGGCAGGUCCAUGGCAACACUUAUGACAGAUGAGGUUUUCCAUGAUGUUGCUUACAAAGCUAAAGACCGUAAUGAUCUGAUUGCUGGAAUUGAUGAGUUCCUUGAUCAAGUGACCGUCCUACCCCCGGGGGAAUGGGACCCAUCUAUACGGAUAGAGCCACCGAAAAACGUACCCUCUCAGGAAAAGAGGAAGACAAACGCUGUCGUACCCAACGGGUUAGCAGACGGAGGAGAGGAUGAGGAGCAUGGAGGCCAUGGAGGUCCAGAACUGCAACGAACUGGAAGGUUAUUUGGCGGUCUCAUCCUUGAUAUCAAGCGCAAAGCACCUCACUAUCUGUCUGACUAUACGGAUGCAUUUAGUUUGCAAUGCCUAGCCUCCUUUCUGUUCCUGUACUGCGCCUGCAUGUCUCCGGUCAUCACUUUUGGAGGACUACUGGGGGAGGCAACCGAGGGACGAAUAAGUGCAAUUGAGUCACUGUUUGGGGCUUCGAUGACAGGGAUCGCUUAUUCGCUGUUCGCUGGGCAGCCCCUCACCAUCCUCGGCAGCACAGGGCCCGUGCUUGUCUUUGAGAAGAUAUUGUUCAAAUUCUGCAAGGAGUAUGGAUUGUCCUAUCUCUCCCUGAGAACAUGCAUUGGUCUCUGGACGGCCUUCCUUUGUAUUUUGCUGGUGGCCACAGAUGCCAGUUCCCUGGUCUGUUACAUCACACGUUUUACAGAGGAGGCCUUCGCCUCGCUCAUCUGCAUCAUCUUCAUCUAUGAAGCCCUGGAGAAGCUCAUGCACCUGGGAGAGCACUACCCCUUCAACAAGAACAACAACCUGGACAAGCUGUCCCUGUACUCAUGUUCAUGUGUUGAGCCUCCUGACCCCAGCAAUGUCACACUGAGGUUUUGGGAGAUCAACAAUGUCACUGCUACUGAAAUCUACUGGGAGGCGUUAGAGGUCAAGGACUGCAUUGAGAAGCGGGGGGAGUUUGUGGGCAGCGCCUGUGGCCCUCACGGACCCUACGUCCCUGACGUUCUCUUCUGGUGUGUGGUGCUCUUCUUUUCUACUGUCCUCAUGUCCGCAUUCCUCAAGGAUUUCAAGUUCAGCACUUACUUUCCCACAAAGGUAAGGUCUAUCAUCAGUGACUUUGCUGUCUUCAUCACCAUCUUCACCAUGGUCGCGAUAGACUAUGCCCUGGGAGUCCCUUCUCCAAAACUUCAGGUUCCCAGUGUGUUUAAGCCCACCAGAGAUGAUCGUGGUUGGUUCAUCAACCCACUGGGCCCAAACCCCUGGUGGACGGCAGUUAUAUCGGUCAUCCCAGCUCUGCUUUGCACCAUCCUUAUCUUCAUGGACCAACAGAUCACCGCUGUAAUCAUCAACAGGAAGGAGCACAAGCUCAAGAAAGGCUGUGGGUACCACCUGGAUCUGUUCAUGGUUGGGUUGAUGCUUGGCCUGUGCUCUGUGAUGGGGCUGCCCUGGUUCGUGGCAGCCACCGUCCUCUCCAUCUCCCACGUCAACAGCCUGAAGCUGGAGUCUGAGUGCUCGGCCCCCGGCGAGCAGCCCAAGUUCCUCGGCAUCAGAGAGCAACGCUUCACCGGCCUCAUGAUCUUCACUCUCAUGGGCUCCUCUGUCUUCAUGACCUCUGUUCUCAAGCUCAUUCCCAUGCCUGUGUUGUAUGGCGUAUUCCUCUACAUGGGAGCAUCUUCCCUCAGAGGCAUACAGUUCUUUGACCGUCUAAGGUUGUUUGGGAUGCCAGCCAAGCACCAGCCAGACUUUAUCUACCUGCGCCACGUACCUCUGAGGAAGGUGCACCUCUUCACCAUCAUCCAGCUCAGCUGUUUGGUCCUGCUCUGGGCUAUCAAGACGUCCAGGGCUGCCAUUGUCUUUCCCAUGAUGGUGUUGGCUCUGGUUUUCAUCAGAAAGCUGAUGGACUGUAUCUUUACCAAGAGAGAGCUGAGCUGGCUGGAUGACCUAAUGCCAGAGAGCAAGAAAAAGAAACUUGAGGAUGCUGAUGAAGAGGAAGAACAGAGUAUUUUGGCGGAAGAUGAACAAGUAGUGCAAGUGCCACUACAGGGCUACGAAGGGGUUACACCCAUUAUCAACAUCACAGAUGAAAUGUCCAAGGGUUCUUUUGGGAAUACAUGGAAUGUCAACAACUGAGACAGCUCCAGAAAUAAACAGGACCCUUUGAAGUUAUGGGACGCAUGGCGAGCAAGGAUGAAAUCAAAGAAAAGGACUUAACAAGUUAACAAGACGCAGCCUCCAG